GUUUUUUUCCUAAAAAUAUUUUUUUGUUUCUAAUCUGAUUUUUUAGAAACAGAGUUACAGUUUUUUUUUUUACGCGAUUUCGACUCCCGCAAGCAUUGUUGUCCAUUUUUGUUCACAUGGUCAAUAAUUGUAAACUUGAGGAGUCUUAAUUCAGUGUUUCAAUACAACAGGACGGUAUUAUUCGGUUUCAAAAACGCAGAUAUAACAAUAUGAAAUUCAUAAAAGGAAAGAGACCUCAAAAUGCCCAGGAUCGUGGAGGACGUUUUAGAGUUCAGCAAUCUGGUCCUCAUAAUCGUUUACGUGUAGCAGCAGCCAACAAAGCAGCCAAGGUGAAACGUUUAAGAGCUAUUGAAAAACAGUCUGCCAAUGGCAAACGAUACAAUAAAAAUAAGAUGUCAAAGAAUAAUGCUAGAGUAGUAAUGGAUGUAGUUGAUGCUCGUGUUAAACUUUUGCAAAAGGCUUUAGAAAAACCAACUGUGUUAGUAGAUGCUAGACAAAAGUUAACAAAACAAAAAGAUGCUCGUGAAAAAAUUCAGGAACGUCGUUUACAUUCAACAUCAUAUAAUCCAACGCAAAAUAUGGGUACCUCAAGAGGCCAUUCCAAUAACUUGGGUCGUGUAAAAAUUGAUAGCCGUGGUAUUCUUACUGUCAAGUCUAUUUUGAAUGAAAGAUCACUUUCAUUUCAUUCUGGUUACAGAAGACCUGAAAACAGACUGCCUUCUGUAAAUAAAAGAAAUUUUGAUGGCGUAGAAAAAAGACGCAGUAGUAACACUUUCAAUUCAGAGCUUAAUACAUUUAGAAGUGACAGACCUAUUGAAGACAUUAGACCAGUAAGACGGGAUGUGAGAAUACCAAGACAUCCAAUACCAAACACACAAUCUAUAAGACGACCACCAGAGCGUCCUACAAGACCAAUGCGAGUUAAUGAUAAACCAUAUAAUAGACCUAUGGCAAUGGAUUAUGAGGAUUCAAUGGAAUGGGAAGAUACAAAUAGAUACUCUCCUACACCAGUGAUGAGACGAAAUGUCGGGAACUCAAUGUUCAAUCAUGAUGGAUAUCAAGAUGAUUUAUCAGAUAGAAGUUCAAGGAAUCAUAGAGGGUUGAGUGAAACAUUACGUUCAAGAUUGGAUUCACAUCAAGUAACCUCAGCUAAACGUUCACGACCUAUGGGCCAUAAAAUUAUUAUUUCUAACUUAGAACCAUCUGUAACAUGUGAAGAUAUAAGAGAACUUUUUGCAGACAUAGGGGAUUUAUUAGAGUCUAAAGUGAUUCGACCAGGUGUUGCUGAAGUGAUUUACAGUCGUCGAGCUGAUGCUAUUCAAGCAGUAGAUGUAUAUCACAACCGACAGUUGGAUGGGAGGCCUAUGAAAUGUGACAUGAACAAGUCGUAGAAUGCCUACACGUGGUGCUGAUUUGUAUAAACCAUCAGCAUAUGUCACUUAUGAUAUAGAUGCUGUACAUACUGCAUUGUUUAAUAAAUAAAUAUUU